CGGGAGCCGUAGCCUCUGACGUCACUGCAGUAAUGGCCGCUUCCACAGGCUGUCGGAAAGGACCUGAGCUAUCAAAGGCUGAAUAUCUCAAAAGAUAUCUAUCAGCCGACGACGACUGUAAAAAAAAUAAAGGGAAGAUAAAGAAGAAACGACGCAAGGUCCCUGAGAGGGGACUGAAGAUAGUUGACGAUGAUAUCGACUGGAAGCAGAUAGUCGAAGCGCAGGAGGAGCUGGAAGAGGAGGAGGACGAAGCCCCAGUGAUUGCUGAAGUGGUUGAUGAUCGUCCUGAUGAGGUGAAAUAUCUGGAAGCAUUCAGAAACAGCAACAGAUGGAAAGUGAUUGGAGCUGAUGAAAAUGAAGACUCAGAGGACGGAAACGGUGAAGAUCAUCAACCUGCAGAUUCGAGCACAGGUCGCCACGACUCACCAGAUGCAUCUCCUCCCAGGAGGAGUCGCCACGAUUCUCCAGACAUAUCUCCUCCUAGGAAGAAUCGCCAUGAUUCCCCUGACAUAUCUCCUCCCAGGAGGAGUCGUCACGACUCUCCGGACAUAUCUCCUCCCAGGAAGAGUCGCCAUGAUUCCCCUGACAUGUCUCCUCCCAGGAGGAGUCGCCAUGAUUCCCCUGACAUGUCACCUCCAAGGCAACAGUCAGGGAAGGUGCAAAGUAAAGAUUCUUCCCCCAAUCGAAGAAAGGCCAGCUCAUCCUCAGCAAGUAAAAAACAUUCAUCUGAUUCUCAUCGAUCAUCGGCUAAAAGGGCUCAAACUCGGGCUGACUCAGACUCUGAUCAGUCACCACCAAGGAAAAAGCCGCCUAAAGGUAAAGGGUCCGAUUCAGACCAGUCGCCCCCGAGGAGGCGAGGACGAGACUCGGAUGGAGAUUUGUCACCCCCUCGCAGAUCUGGACAAACACAGGGCAAUAGGAUGCUUUCUGGUGGGAAGGCUGGCUUGGUUUCUGUUGAAGUAUUGAGGAAAGAGCAGGAAGAUAACCGACGUAGAGAAAAACACAAUCAACCACUAGAAGACGAAUCCCGCAAUGCCCAGACGGUGUUCCGAGACAAAAGUGGUAAAAGGAGGGAUUUGGACUCAGAGAGAGAAGAACAGAAGAAAAAAGCUGGAGAAAAAGCAGCUAAAGAUGAGAAAUACGCUCAGUGGGGGAAAGGGUUGGCCCAGAGCCAGAUGCAGCAGCAGAAACUCGAGGAUGCACUGCAUGAAGCCCAGAAGCCGCUGGCUCGUCACCACGGAGAUGAGGAUCUCGAUCGCAUGUUGAGGGAACAGGAAAGAGAAGGGGAUCCAAUGGCCGCGCUGCUCAAACGGAAAAAGGACCGUGGCACAAAGGCACCAGCAAAACCUCAGUAUAAAGGCCCUCCACCACCUCCAAACAGGUUCAACAUUUUGCCUGGCUAUCGUUGGGAUGGAGUUGACAGGUCAAAUGGAUUUGAAAAGAAACGCUACUUGCGUAUUUCAGAAAAGAAAGCAUACCAGGAGGAAGCUUACAAGUGGAGUGUCGAGGACAUGUAAAGCCAAGAACUGGGACCUAAACAGUGUCACUGUUCAUUGAUUUACCACGCUGUUUAAAACUCCCUCUAGAUUAGACAUGCUCAGUGAACAAGACUCGGUUUUGAAAAAGAUUGGAGCAGUUUUUUUCCUCUGUUUCACACCAGUUUGAUACUGUGCAUAAUUUUUCAGAUUAAACUGUAAAUAUUUGUGAGGUCACAGAAUUGUAUGAUUUUGUAAUGUCUGAAUCAGUGUGAAACUGAAACAAGGUUCACAGUGUAUAAAAUAUUAUUUUUAUAAAGUGUUGAACAGCCGGUGUCCUUAUUGCACACAUGCAUUAAAUAUUCAUGGUGCUGCUGGGAAAAAAAAACUAAUGCUUCAAGAAUGAGGUCAGUAAAGUCUCCGGUUUGUGAUUCGGCAGUUGAAUGGAUUAAAACCAAAUUUAAAGGUGCUGUAGGCAGGAUUUUGCUAGUCAAUGCUAAUUUUUCUGUGUUUUCUUUGGAUUAAAUGCCAGAGUAUCCAUUGAUAAUC